AUGUCAGCCAUAAUUAAGGAGACCCUUUACGUUAAGCCAACCAGGCCAACGAAGCAUGUUCAAAUUCCACUUUCUAAUUGUGACAUUCUCUCACCACCAAUAUAUACUGGGUUUGUUUAUUUUUUUAAAAAUGGGUUAAAAAAAGAUAAUUUUAUGAACAUCAAAAAACUUUUAGAAUCACUUGGGGAUGUUUUAAAUGAUUAUUAUCCUCUGGCUGGUACACUUAAAAGUACGUCCGAUGGUAGAAUUAUUAUUGAUUGUAAUGAUCAAGGUGUUCAAUUUAUCAUUGCUGAAUGUUCUGACAUUACAAUUAAUCAACUUGAAGAAAAGAAUUGGGAACAUGCAAUUAUUCCUUACGGACUAAUGCCAACAACAAUACCUAAUAAAACUGAUCCAAUUUUAUCUAUAAUACAACACACUACUUUUGCUGAUGGAUCAGUAACCCUUGGGUUUGGUAUACAUCAUUAUGUUACAGAUGGCUUUGGUCUUUUUACUUUUAUUGAAAAUUGGGGGCGAAAAACUCGUUUAGAACAGAUUGAUCCACCUAUCCAUGAUCGAAGUUUGUUAAAAGCAAGUGGUAACCCUCCAGCAUAUGUUCCUUAUGAAUAUUUUGUAAAGAAACCGACAGAAAUUACCAUUUCAGACAUACAAACGCCUUCUAUAACUACCAAAAUUUUUCGCUUUAACCAAGAUGUUCUUCAGAGGUUACGCGAUUAUUAUUCUGUUGGAAUUUCUAAUGAGAAUUGGAUUUCAACAAAUGACGCACUUGUAACUCACUUUUGGAGAACAACUAUUAGAGCUCGAAAUAUUGAUUUAAAUGCUGAAGUAAUCUGUAGCUUUCCUCUUAAUGGACGUGAUACAUUAAAUCCACCUAUUCCCAAAAGUUAUUAUGGAAAUGUUGUUUUGUAA